AGUACAAAUUGAGCGGUAUCUUUGCAGUGUGUCGCGGAAGCUCGAAAAGGCAAGCCUAGUCGUCUUGUCGCUUUCUCUCGUUUUUUAAACGCUGCACUCGGAAAAAAGAACAGUGCUACUUUCUUUCUUUCGCGUAUCUUGUCGCAAGAAGACUGCGUCUAAAAUCAUGCAUGUUCUGUGCGUCACAGCGUCGCUUGCGUUGUCUUACUGCUGGCUCCAGCCACCUACGCCCCUGGAGAUAGCUUUCCCUGACUUCACACUGGCACUAAAGGCCAUCCAGAAUUUCACGGCCAUUGCAACCACGCAAGACAAACCGCAGAGAGUGUGCGUGUCGGCCAGAGUACGUCAGCUGGACGAAGUGACGAGAGAUACCGAGGUCGAGUGGCAGUGGGUCGAGCAAGAUAGCGACGGAUCGCCCAUGAAACAUGAUUUCCACUUUAAGUUGGGGUACGGCUUGCCAAAUAGAGCCGUGAUGACCAACUCUGCAGCAGCUGGCCAGCUGGGAGCUGACGCUAUUCUCUUGUACACCGACUACAACCAGUGCGUGGUGGGACUGUUCGUUGCGCCAGUUUUUGAAUGCACGCUGUGGGUGCACGAAUCUGCCAAGGACGCAGUUCCGGACCACUGCUGGGCAGCUUACGGGAACUUCUGCGGCCCCAAGCGGACACUUCUUCAAGCGGAUGAAAAGUGUAAAAAGCAUGAUCGCUGAACAGUAGCCAUGGGAGCCUGUACACUGUAAUCAAAACAGUCUUUCAAAGCCCCGAGAUUGUCGCACUGAAAUCUAACCUUCGUGCUUUUACGAAUAAUAAAAUUAGUAAUAUGAACAAUAAUGAUUUCAGUAGCACUGGUUUUACGCUUUAAGCAUUUUUCUUUUGGUUUGUAUGUGGCCCACAUGUAGGUAAAUAUAGAGCAGCCGAUUAAAGCGAAAUACCUGAGCCGUGUAUCACAUCGUAAUAAAUAUUACACGACAGCUGGCGCAGGAGUUGUGGUUCAUGAAUGUUAGGUAAUAUGUACUGCGUUUUGAUUUCACAAUAAAU